AGUUGGCGCUGAGUCGGUGUGUCUCACAGCGCAGUGAGUGUCGUGUGUUCGCCGGUGUCGGUGUGUGAGAGAGUCGCUUUUAUCCGCGAACUGUAGCGAAGCAGACAUUCUUGUGGCGGGAAAGCGGGGUCUGAUCCAUGCUGCUGUCGGUUCCGGUUAACGCGCUGGAGGAAUGCGGGAUGAACGCGCGUCUGGCUGGUCUAGUAAAACAUACAGCUGUAUAACCAGAUACACACCCAGGUAUCGGAUCAGUACUAGGUAUCGGUUGAUACCCUGAGCCUAGGAAUCAGAUUCGGUAUCCGGAAGGGAAAAAGGGUAUCGGAACAUCUCUAUUCUUGGCCCUGCAAUCGCAGACCUGCUGAUCCUUGACAACAUGACGGCGGAGUUUAGUAACCUGACGUCGCUCAUGAACAACGUGAGCGAGUUUUCCAACCACACGGCGAGAUGCUCGUUAACCAAGACUGGCUUUCAGUUUUACUAUCUCCCCAUCGUCUACAUCAUCGUCUUCCUCAUGGGCUUCGUGGGAAACAGCUUGGCCAUAUGGAUGUUCGUGUGCCACAUGAGGCCGUGGAGCAGCAUCUCCGUCUACAUGUUUAACCUGGCGCUGGCAGAUUUUUGUUACGUGCUCUCGCUUCCGUUCCUCAUCUUCUACUACUUCAACAAAACGGACUGGAUUUUUGGAGACAUCUUGUGCCGACUGCAGAGGUUCAUCUUCCACGUCAAUCUCUACGGAAGCAUCCUGUUCCUCACAUGCAUCAGCGUGCACAGAUACUCUGGCGUCGUGCAUCCGCUCAAAUCGCUUGGGAGGCUAAAAAAGAAAAACGCCGUUCGCACCGUCGCUCUCGUUUGGUUCAUAGUCGUGGUUGGCAUCUCUCCCAUCCUUUAUUACUCCCGAACCGGCCCUAAGAAGGGGUUAACGACGUGUUACGACACCACGACCGAAGACGAGCUGCCUGGAUACUUCAUUUACAGCAUGUGCAUGACGGUGUUUGGCUUUUGCAUCCCGUUCAUCAUCAUCUUCAGCUGCUAUGGCGGCAUCGUCAAAGCCCUCAUAUGCAACGAUAUGGACAACGCACCACUGAGGAAGAAGUCCAUAUACCUGGUCAUCAUCGUGCUCACGGUUUUCGCCGUCUCCUACCUGCCCUUCCACGUUAUGAAGAACCUCAACAUGCGAGCGAGACUGUAUUUCCAGAGCCCGGAUAUGUGUGCCUUCAACGACCGCGUUUAUGCCACCUAUCAGGUGACCCGCGGACUGGCCAGUCUCAACAGCUGCGUGGAUCCGAUCCUGUACUUUCUGGCCGGAGACACGUUCAGACGCAGGCUGUCCAGAGCCACCAAAAAGUCCUCCAGGAAAGGAGAUCACCCCCUGCAGUCCAAGAGCGAGGAGACGGCGCUGAACAGCCUGCCAGAGUGCAUCCAGAACGGGGACAAUUGAGUCUGAGCUUCCCUUAGACCCAUGCUUUAUAGAUGUACUACCAGUCAAACGCUAUUCAACAGUCAGAUAUUUAAUGUUUUUAAAGAAGUCUCUUCUGCUCACCAAACCUGCAUUUAUUUGAUUCAAAAGCUGUAAAAU